GUCAUGAGGUGGAACUCUGCUCGGUUUUCGUCGCUUUUUUACCAGAUUUCGCCGUAAUUUCCCGCUUUUCUGUCAGAACUACGGCUGCAAGAUGAGCGGGGGGAGUUCCAGUAAGGCCCAGAAGGAAAUGGCGCGAAGUAUUGUACAGAAGCUUCGGACCGCGGGGGUCCGACUUGUGGCCCUGGACUGGGACCGUACGAUCAUCACAGUGCACACCAAGGGAUGCUGGGAGGACAGCCCCAGCAAGCUGGCGAAGCACGUCCGGCCGUGCUUUAAGUACUUCAUCGCGGCGUGUCUCGACUCCACCCUGCACCUGUGUGUCGUGACCUUCAGCUCACAGUCUGCGCUCAUCAAGGACACGCUAAAAAUAGCCAUCCCACACAGUGACACGAGUGCAAUCAUUAUCCGAGGGAACACGAAGGACUGGGGGAGGAUCCAGGGUGUACCGAUCCUCGGCAAGCAGCAGCACAUCGCAUCCGCCAUGCGCGAGGUCACGUCAAAACGACACCAGGUGAUCCAGCCAGGUGAGGUCCUCCUGAUGGACGACGACACAGAGAACCUGAAGAUCGCGGAGACAUUCGGACACCGCGCCUUCUUCAUCCGGGACGACAUGGCCAUGGAACACUUCUCUGACUGUGUCACGGAACACUUACCCAACAACACCAAACCUGCAGGAGACAAGGACUAGCGCAGAAAGAACGAUCGCGGGAUUCGCGCGAAACACUCGCAAGAAUCGCAUUCUUGGGAGAGAGAAAGAGUGAACACUCGCGAUAUUUGUGUUCUUGAGAGAGAGGAGAGAGAGACUUGUGACCAAGAGGAGUAAACUUUCUAUCCAACACUAAGUAAAUUGGGACUUACCACCCAAAUUUUGACUUACCACUCCGUCAGCCUUGUUUAUCAGUCGAAAAUUUGGGUAAGUCCCAAUUUACUUAGUGUUGGGUAGAAAGUUUAGCCCUUUUGGUCAUAAUGAAGUAUACCAACACGGACGAACUUUCAUGCUGAGACUGAGAGACUUUGUUUUGUAUAGAGACUAUAGAUUGAGUGUAGAGAGCAGUCAAGAGACUGAGAAACGCAGUCUUGGAGGAGUCUUCACUUCACAUAGUUUUUAUCUUGAAGGAAUCUUCAGGCUGAGGUCUUGAAAAAAGAAAUCUUCACAUAGUUAAUCUUGAAGAAAUCUUGAGGCCGAGGUCUUGAA